GAGCGUCCGUGAUCUGAGCAAGAUUGCAGAGAGGGAAGGCGAGAGUGGAACGCCAGCGCACAAGUCUCGGGACCAUGGCCCCUGGAGUAGUGCCCAAGGCUGCUUCACUGCACUCGGGGGGUAAGUCUCAUUAUCCAGGCGGGGCUUUGUAUGUGCCAGGGAAGUGGUCAGCCCGGCCUCAGAAAGAGCCCCAGCUGGACGAGGGUGUGGCUGCAGAGAACACAGAGCUGGCUGCCAGAGGGGAAGCUUCUCUGUGCUGGAUGGAACCUUACGGCAUCGGGGCUGGUCUGCAGAACCCGGGGAACGCCUGCUACAUGAAUGCAGCCCUCCAGUGUCUGACGUACACCCCGCCACUCGCCAAUUAUCUGCUGUCUCAGGAGCACUCCCGCACCUGCCAGCGCCGUUCAGAGCUCUGCACGCUCUGUGCUCUGGAAAGUCACUUCAUUUGGGCUCUGCACAGUCCCGGCCACGUGAUCCAGCCCUGUCAGGCAUUGGCUGCUGGCUUUCACAGAAACCGCCAAGAAGAUGCUCACGAGUUUCUGCUGUUCGCGCUGGAUGCCCUCAGGGCAGCAGGCCUGCCUGGCCUCAACUGCCAGCUGGCGCCCUCUGAGGACCAGCCUCUAAGCCAUCAGCUAGCUGGAGGCCACUGGAGGUCUCGAGUCACAUGUCUCCAGUGCCAAGGCACUUCAGACACAUGGGACCCUUACCUGGACAUCGUGCUGGAUAUCCAGGCCGCCAAGAAUGUGCAGGAAGCCUUGCGGCAUUUGGUGAGCCCGGAAGAGCUGGACGGGGACAACGCCUAUGAUUGUGCUGCCUGCCUCAGGAAGACGCCUGCCUCCCGCACACUCACCUUGCACACGUGUGGGGAUGUGCUCGUCUUGGUCUUGAAACGCUUUUCUGACUUCACGCGUGACAAAAUGGCCAAGCCGGUGCACUAUCCUGACCGUUUGGACAUGAGGCCUUACCUGUCUCGGCAGAACGGAGACAGACAGAAAGAGAGUCAAAAAAUUGAGAAAGGGCAGAGAGC